GGAUGUCACGUGGUGUCGUGACGGAGGACUGAUACGUAGUUUCUAGCUGUAGUUUAGUAACCAAUCGGUGAAGACUUGGAGCAUCCGAGAGGAGGCCUGGAGAACAGAUCGUCUCUUGUCAUACCAUCAAGAGCAGGUCCACUGGGCAGAGAGACUACACCCUGUGAUCAUCUGUGUGGUUGGUGUGCAGCAGUCAUGUCGUAUGCUUAUCUGUUCAAAUAUAUCAUCAUCGGCGACACAGGGGUUGGGAAGUCAUGUCUUCUGCUUCAGUUUACAGAUAAGCGGUUUCAGCCUGUUCACGACCUCACUAUAGGGGUUGAGUUUGGUGCAAGAAUGAUAAAUAUAGACGGGAAACCUAUAAAGCUGCAGAUAUGGGACACGGCUGGACAGGAGAGUUUCCGCUCUAUAACCAGGUCAUAUUACAGAGGUGCUGCAGGAGCACUCCUUGUUUAUGAUAUUACUAGACGGGAAACAUUCAGCCAUUUAACAUCAUGGUUAGAAGAUGCGCGACAACACUCUAGUAGCAAUAUGGUGAUCAUUUUAAUUGGGAACAAAAGUGAUCUAGAAGGCCGUAGAGAUGUAUCGAGGGAGGAAGGAGAGGCAUUUGCAAGAGAACACGGCCUGAUAUUUAUGGAAACCUCUGCCAAAACUGCAGCAAAUGUGGAAGAGGCCUUUAUUGGCACUGCCAAAGAAAUUUACAAGAAGAUUCAGCAGGGGCUCUUCGAUGUAAACAAUGAGGCCAAUGGUAUUAAGGUUGGACCACAGCAGACGCUACUUUCAGAGCCUCUUGGAGGAGCAAGACAAAGCCAGGCAGAAGGGAGAGGGUCUUCUGGUUGCUGUUAAGAAAAAAAUGCUAGAAUAAUAUUUUGAGGAUAAUGAGGUUCAGCCCUUGACUCGCUAUUUCCUUGCAUCUCUUCCCUUAUUUGGUCUAUUGUACUUCUCUUCAUAUUUUAAAAUCGACCCUAUUCGGGCUAUUUCAAUGCACAUAUAUGAGGGGUUAAUCUCUUCUUCAAACAUGAAUUUUCUUGCUGACUGUAGCAAGUAAAGUAAUCUGCGUGAUUGAUAAAUACUACAUUAUAAA